UGUUCUUUAAUAAAUGAUUUGAGAGUCACUGACGGUAUCUCUUGUAGUGUAUCUAGUGUCAGUUGGUGUCUGUCAGUUGCAAAGUACUUGCAUGUUGACUUGAUUUUUACUAGUGUUUAAGUGUCGCGUGAUUUUAAUCAGACUUUUAAACAAUUUUUACACAAAAAACCUUAAGUUCACGGUGUAUGCUACAAAAAAUGGCGAGUCAAAAUUAUUUAAAUAACCCAAAGAAUCCGUUUUUCUCUCUGGAAGACGACAUCGACGACGAAACCUUUCUAAACAGUGCACCACCGAGGUCUUCUGGUCGUAUGACUUAUAAUCACUAUUCCAAUUUUGACAAUGAGAUCGAACAAAAGCAUCAACAAUUAUUGCAACGGAGAAGAGAUAUUGAAGAACGUACGUUACACUCGUCGGAAAGAUCUAUCUCAUUGUUAAGAGAUUCUGAACAGAUUGGAGCCGCCACUGCCGAGGAACUCAUCAGACAAAGAGAACAAUUAGAAAGAACGGAAAAAAGAUUAGAUGAUAUUAAUAGUACUCUAAGAUUUAGUCAAAAACAUAUUCAGGGAAUAAAAAGUGUAUUUGGGAGUCUUAAAAAUUAUCUAAGUGGUAAAUCAUUAGAUGCACCCAUACCAUCUACCAAAUUAUCAGAGUCAUCUAGUUCUGAAUCCAUGACAUCUCCAGCAUUAUCUAACUCCUUAGAACAAGUACAGACUAAUAUAGCUAAUACUAGUCCAGCACUAAAGUUACGUGGCCUAGAUCUAGAUGAUGAAGCAGAGAGUAAUGUUCCUGUGCGUAAUAACACGAGUAAAAUUUUUGAACAAAAUUUAGAUGAAAUGAGUGGUUCAUUAGCUAGAUUAAAGGGCUUAGCAAUAGGAUUAUCGGAAGAAAUAGAUUUACAAAAUGAUUUAAUCGAUAACAUAACAGAUAAAGCAGAAAAGACAGAUGUAAUGCUUCAGAAGCAGAAUAAAGAUCUUACUCAUUUACUGAAGAAGUAAGUAAUAUGUACAAUUUGUAUGGUAAAAGAAAUGCUUAUUAGGUCAAGUUUCUACAUUUUAAAAUUAUAAACAUAUGGGUAAUAAAAUGAAAAUUUUAUAUUGCUGUAUUCGGUUGAAUCUAAAGAAUGUUACAUCUAUCAUUUAUACUGGACAUUUACUUUACAAACACUCUGUAAUAUAUAAUUUAC